GUUUUAAGCGCAGGGACUAGUGUGCGCAGUUUGUGUGUGCGGCUGCGGGGGGAAGAUGCGUGUGCUUGUUGCUCGCCGGACGGAGAGAGGCGGCGAAGAGAGAAUGAGUUUCCAGCGCAGCUAACAAUCAACUCCAUGCGCUCGUUGAUCCUCGACAAAAAUCCAACUUUUACGCCUUUUUUCCCCAUACACCUGAGAUGACACGUCUGGCUGUUCUCAGCGCAUAGACUUCUAAUUUAUUCAUUUAUUUAUUAUUUAUUGAUUUUUUUUUUUCUUUAUUCCGAUUUUGGAGCCUUUUUGUUUUUUUGUGUUUUUUUUUCCCCUUCUGUUUAUUUUUUUUUGUUUGUUUUAAUUGUUUAACCGUGGAGUUGGGUGUGCGCAUAGGCAGUUUGUCCUAUGCGUCUCCAGCCUCUGACUCAGCAGCAGCAGCGGCAGCGGCAGCAGCAGCAGCAGCGGCACAGCUCACCUGGACCGGAGCGCACCGAGCCGAGCUCCCUCAUGUUCCACGCAGAGCAGCGCUCCGACACGGGGGGACGACUGCACUGAGGCCCCGCGCGGUGCGGUGCGGUCAGUCCAAAAAAGAAAAAAAAAAAAAGGGGGGGGGGAGAGACGCACAGUUGUGGAUCACAUACUAUCUCCCGCCGUACCAGGAGACAAUCAGCAGCAGGAAGAAGCUCAAACCUCCUCCUCUUCAUCUUCUUCCAAACGUGAAGGAUUGAGAGGAAGAGAGGGAGAGAGAGGGAGAAGGGAGAGAGAGAGAGAUUUGCAAGCUCCCUUUUUCUUUCAUUGCAAUUGACUUGUUGAAGAAAUAAAAAAAAAAAGGAAGAACUAACAAGAAGAAAGAGUGCAGGGAGAGAAGAAGAAAAAGCAUAAGCUUGGAUAUUGAACGGAGCGGGGCAUGUGGAUAUUGGCUCUCAUCUUUUCCCAGUGCAUCUUGAAUGUUUUCUGUGAAGAUCUACGUUCCAGCUUAUAUUUUGUCAAUGCAUCUGUGCAAGAGGUAGUGUUUGCCAGCACCACAGGGACAUCGGUGCCCUGUCCCGCCGCAGGUGUGCCCCCUGUCUCUCUGCGCUGGUACCUGGCCACCGGCGAGGAGAUCUAUGAUGUGCCAGGGAUCCGCCAUGUGCACCCCAAUGGCACCCUUCAGAUCUUCCACAUCCCCCCUUCCAGCUUUAGCAAACUCAUCCACGACAACACCUACUAUUGCACAGCGGAGAACCCCUCAGGGAGAAUCAGGAGCCAAGAUGUCCACAUUAAGGCUGUCCUACGGGAGCCCUACACUGUCCGGGUGGAGGACCAGAAAGCCAUGAGAGGCAAUGUGGCGGUCUUCAAGUGCAUUAUCCCUGCCUCAGUGGAGGCCUACAUCACUGUUGUGUCCUGGGAGAAAGACACAAUGUCAAUCAACGCUGAAAUGUCACGGUUUCUCAUCACAUCCACGGGAGCCCUGUAUAUCCUGGAUGUGCAAAUGGAGGAUGGGCUGUACAACUACAGGUGUAUGACACGCCAUCGAUACACAGGAGAGACCCGACAGAGCAAUAGCGCCCGCCUCAUUGUCUCAGACCCCACCAACUCAGCGCCCCACAUCCUGGACAGCUUUGAGCGCCGUGAGGUGAUGGCAUCUCACCGAGUGGAGUUGCCCUGCAAGGCCUCUGGUCACCCCGCACCCAAAUACCGCUGGCUGAAGGACAACCGGCCGCUGGAGCCCGACACACGCUUCAGACAGAGUGUGACAGGCCUGCUGAUAGAGAGAGCCCAGUCCAGCGACACAGGGACAUAUGUGUGCGAGGUGUGGAAUGGAUAUGGCAAUGCUGAGGUGGUUGGCAGGCUGCUGGUCAAAGAGCCCCUGAAGGUCAUAGUGAGCCCGCGGAAGGUGAAGGGCAGCGUGGGAAGCCAGGUUUCACUGUCCUGUGGCGUAACCGGCUCCGAGGAGUACCAGCUGUCCUGGUACCGCAACGGGGAGCUCAUCUACCCGAGUAACAGCGUACGCAUGACGGGCCAAAACAGGGAGAACCUGGUCAUGGCUGGUAUGGCCAAGAGCGACGGAGGAGCCUAUCAGUGCUUCGCCAGACACGGCAAGAUGUCUGCCCAGGACUUUGUUCAAGUCAUACUGGAAGAUGGAACCCCCAAGAUCCUGGCUUCAUUCAGCGAGAAGGUCUACAACAUCAACGAGUUUGUGUCGCUGUCGUGCACGGUGAAGGGCACGCCGGAGCCCCGGGUAACGUGGACUUUGGACGACGAGCCCGUGGUACGGGACAGCCGCCACCGCAUCUCCCACUACACCAACACCGAGGGCCACGUGGUCAGCCAUCUGAACAUCAGCCAGACCCAGGUGCCUGACGGAGGGGUGUAUCGCUGCAUCUGCAACAACUCGGCUGGGACAGUUUCCUACCAGGCGCGAAUAAACGUAAGAGGGCCUGCCAGCAUCAGACCAAUGAAAAACCUCACUGCCAUCGCUGGCCGGGACAUGUACAUCCACUGCCGUGUCAUUGGCUACCCCUACUACUCCAUCAAGUGGUACAAGGACUCCAAUUUGCUGCCAUACAACCACCGGCAGCGGGCCUUCGAGAACAACGGCACCCUGAAGCUGUUUGAUGUGCAGAAGGAUGUGGAUGAAGGAGAGUACACGUGUAAUGUGCUGGUGCAGCCCCAGCUCUCCACACACCAGAGUGUCUAUGUUACUGUGAAAGUCCCACCGACCAUCCACCCAUUCGAGUUCCCUCGGUUUUCCAUCGGCCAGCGAGUCUUCAUCCCUUGCGUGGUCAUGUCCGGUGACCAACCCGUCUUCAUCACCUGGCAGAAGGACGGCCGGCCAAUCCCGGCCAGCCUCGGCGUCACCAUAGACAACAUAGACUUCACCAGCUCCCUGCGCAUCUCCAACCUCACGCUGAUGCACAACGGCAACUACACCUGCAUCGCACGCAACCAGGCUGCGGCCGUGGAGCACCAGAGCCAGCUCAUUGUCCGAGUUCCUCCCAAAUUUGUGGUGCAACCUAAGGACCAAGAUGGCAUCUAUGGAAAAGCAGUAAUACUGAACUGCUCUGCUGAAGGCUAUCCUGUUCCUACCAUCCAGUGGGAGUACUCUAAAGGCGCUGGGGUCCCUCAGUUCAAACCCAUCGCCCUCAACUCAGGCUUUCGGAUCGAGGUGCUGGUCAAUGGUUCUCUGUUCAUCAAGCACGUGCUGGAAGAAGACAGUGGCUUCUACCUGUGUAGAGUCAGCAACGACGUAGGAGCUGAUGUCAGCAAGUCUAUGUAUCUCAAUGUCAAAAUUCCUGCCAUGAUCACGUCCUAUCCCAACACCACGCUGGCCACGCAGGGCGAAGAGAAGAAGAUGAGCUGCACAGCCCAUGGUGAGAAACCCAUCAUGGUGCGCUGGGAGAAGGAGGAACGCAUCAUCAACCCUGAGACCAGCCGCUACGUGGUUUCUGUCAAGGAAGUGGGCGAUGAAGUCAUCUCCACCCUGCAGAUCAUGCCCACAGUGAGAGAGGACUCCGGCUUCUUCUCCUGCCAUGCCAUCAACUCCUUCGGUGAAGACAGAGGAAUCAUACAGCUAACAGUGCAAGAGCCCCCAGACCCCCCAGAGGUGGAGAUCAGAGAAGUGAAGGACAGAACCAUUGCACUGCGUUGGACUAUGGGUUUUGAUGGCAACAGCCCAAUAACAGGCUUCGAUAUUGAGAGCAAGAACAAGUCAGCCUCCUGGGAUACCGCUCAGAAGACCAAAGAUGUCUCACCUCAGCUCAACCAGGCCACUAUCAUCGACCUGCACCCCUCCUCCACCUACAACAUCCGCAUGUUUGCUAAGAACCUGAUCGGCAAAAGCGAGGCCAGCAAUGAACUCACCAUCACCACUGACGAAGCAGCUCCUGAUGGACCACCGCAGGAGGUGCAGCUGGAAGCCCUCUCCUCUCAGAGCAUUCGAGUCACAUGGCGGGCACCCAAGAAGCACCUGCAGAAUGGAGCCAUCAGGGGCUACCAGGUGGGCUACAGAGAGUACAGCUCUGGUGGAAACUACCAGUUCAGUGUGAUUAGCGUGGAGACCACAGGAGAUAACGCAGAGAACCUUGUUCUGGACAACCUGAAGAAGUUCACCCAGUAUGGGGUCGUAGUACAAGCCAGCAACAGCGCUGGGACAGGUCCCUCUUCCACAGAGGUGGCUGCUACCACACUGGAGGAUGUGCCCAGUCGUCCUCCAGAGAACGUCCAGGCCACUGCUACGUCUCCAGAGGUCAUCUCUCUGUCCUGGCUGACUCCUCCCAAAGAUGCUCUGAAUGGCAACCUGCUGGGUUUCAGGGUCAUCUACUGGGCCAACCUGCCUGAUGGAGAGCUUGGAGAGAUCAGGAAUGUGACAACCUCGAAGCCCUCUCUGGAGCUGGAUGGACUGGAGAAGUACACCAACUACAGCAUCCAGGUGCUGGCCUUCACCAGAGCUGGAGACGGUGUUCGCAGUGAACAGAUUUACACCCGCACCAAGGAAGACGUCCCUGGUCCUCCGGCGGGUGUGAAGGCAGCAGCUGCAUCAAACUCUGUGGUGUUUGUGUCCUGGCUUCCUCCUCUCAAAGUGAACGGCAUCAUCAGGAAAUACACCGUUUUCUGCUCCAACCCACACCCCACGGUGAGCAGUGAGUUUGAAGCAGCCCCAGAUGUUUUCUUCUACCGCAUCCCCAACCUGAGCAGGAACCGUCAGUACAGUAUCUGGGUGGUGGCCGUCACUGCUGCAGGCCGCGGAAACGCCAGUGAAAUCAUCACAGUCAAGCCCAUGGCUGAGGCCCCAGCUCGGAUCCUGACCUUCAACAGAACAGUGACGACCCCCUGGAUGAGGGAUAUUGUGCUGCCAUGCAAAGCAGUGGGCGAUCCAUCGCCGACCAUCAAGUGGCUGAAGGAGAUCAAUGGAACCCCAGCACCUGUUGUGAUUGACAGCCGGCGGAGUGUCCACGGUAAUGGCAGCCUUGUCAUUCGCACAGUGAAAGCCGAGGAUUCUGGGAACUACACUUGUGUGGCCAGUAACAGCUUCGGGUCGGACAAGAUCGUCCUCAACCUGCAGGUUCAAGUUCCACCUGACCAGCCUCGUCUCACAGUGACCAAGACCACCACCACCUCAAUAACCCUCUCCUGGAUCCCUGGAGACAACGGAGGCAGCUCCAUAAGAGGCUACAUUCUGCAGUACUCGGAGGAUAACAGCGAGCAGUGGGGGAACUUCGCCAUCAGUCCCAGUGAGCGCUCCUAUCGGCUGGAGAAUCUAAAGUGUGGCACCUGGUACAAGUUCACACUCACAGCCCAGAAUGCAGUGGGGCCAGGACGCAUCAGUGAGAUCAUAGAAGCAAAGACUCAUGGGAAAGAACCUCAGUACUCCAAAGAACAGGAGCUCUUCACCAGCAUCAACGCCACCCGGGUCAAACUCAACCUGAACGGCUGGAAUAACGGUGGCUGCCCUAUCACCUCCUUCACCUUGGAGUAUCGGCCUGUAGAGUCACCCACAUGGACCACGGCACAGCGCACCUCCCUCACCAAGAGCUACAUCCUGUAUGACCUGCAGGAGGCCACCUGGUACGAGCUGCAGAUGAAGGUCUACAACAGCGCCGGCUACGCUGAGAAGAGAGUCAAGUUCGCGACGCUCAGCUAUGAUGGCAGUACCAUCGCACCACUGGUGAAGGCACCCAAUGUGAGCGAGGACAACUCUGGUGGCGGUGAAGGUCUGAAGAUGAUGGUGACCAUCUCCUGUGUGUUGGUGGGCAUUGUCGUAAUCUUCAUCGGGCUGCUGGUGCUGAGGAGGAGGCGGAGAGAGCAGAGGCUGAAGAGGCUCCGAGAUGCAAAAAGUUUGGCUGAGAUGCUCAUGAGUAAAAACACUCGUCCAGCAGAGCCAAUUAACAAACAGCAACAGACGCUCCGCAUGCACAUUGACAUCCCCAGAGCGCAGCUCCUCAUCGAGGAGAGAGACACCAUGGAGACUGUCGGUAAGCUCACCACUGACGACAGGUCCACUGUGUUACUGACUGAUAACGACUUCGGGGAGACCCAGAAACAGAAGUCGUCCACCGUCACACACACAGUCCACUACCAGUCCCUGUCCCAAGCCACCGGCCCUCUGGUAGAUGUGUCUGACGCCAGACCAGGAACCAGUAAGUCCAACCCUACAGCCCGCCGCACAGCCAAAGCCGGCCCAGCUGCUCGCAACCGCUACGCCAGCCAGUGGACCCUGAACCGCCCACACCCCCCUGUCUCCUCCCACACUCUCAGCACUGACUGGAGGCUGCCCACACCCAGAGUCGCAGGCUCUGUGGACAAAGAAAGUGACAGCUACAGCGUCAGCCCAUCUCAGGAUACAGACCGAGCGCGGAGCAGCAUGGUGUCAACGGAGAGCGCGUCCUCCACCUAUGAGGAGCUCGCCAGAGCCUACGAGCACGCCAAGAUGGAGGAGCAGCUGCGCCACGCCAAAUUCACCAUCACCGAAUGCUUCAUCUCUGACACUUCCUCAGAGCAGAUGACAGCAGGCACCAACGACUACACCGACAGCCUGACCUCCAGCACACCGUCCGAAUCAGGCAUCUGCCGCUUCACUGCUUCCCCGCCCAAGCCUCAGGACGUCAGCCGGGUCAUGAACAUGGCCGUACCCAAGGCCCACCGACCGGGGGGCGAGUUGGUUCACCUUCCUCCGUACCUGCGCAUGGACUUCCUGUUAAACCGAGGCAUGUCCUGCUCGGGGUCAUCCAGGGGGACAGCUAGUGGGGAGAGGGCGGCCAUGGGCCAGGCCUGCCUGGAGCCCCAGAAGAGUCGCUCUCUGAAGCGGCCCUCUCGCAUGGCCCCCCCAACGCCCACAGAGGCCCCUCAGGCCAGCAGGGACCCAGUGGCCCAGUGGCAACCUGGCACUGCAGCCACGCUCCCACACAGAGAGGGCUCAGAGCUGGCCCAGGCCGCCAAGCUCAGCACCUCCCAGGAGUCCCUGCUGGACUCGCGAGGACAUCUCAAACAGAGCAGCAACCCCUACGCAAAGUCCUACACGCUGGUAUAACAGCAGGGGCACCUAGGGCGGGACUAGAACUCACUCUAACACUGGACUUAACACUCAAGUGCAGUAAACUGACUUUCACCACGCAGUUCUGUAUAUACGUCCCCCUCUCCAAGGGCGGGGUCACUUUUACUAAUCUCCUUUUAUUUAUUUUAGAGCUUUCUUUUAUCUCUUGUUUGUAUUUCUUUUGGGUUUUUUUUCUUUGUUUUUCACUUGAGAAAAAAAAUUCACUCAUCGGAAACGACUCCAGCCGGAGCUUUGCCAAACUAAUUGAGUAACGAGGGAGCAUUAUUUAUUCUUGAUUAUUGUUAAUUCUUUAUAAUUAAUCAGUGAUUAUUAAUUGUUAGUUGUCAGCUAUUAAUGAUCAUUAAUUAUUGAUUAAUAAAUGAUCUAUUAUCACCAUUGCUACGAUGUUUUCAUAAGAACCGGACAUCUUUUUUUCUGGAGUGGAAGAUGACGAUUUGGAGUCAUUUUUUUCCUAUGGAAUAUCCUUGUGAAACACUGAAUGAAACUUGGGAGAAAUCUUGGAAUGAAAGCAAUUGACACCAGUCCAAACUUUUCAGCUGCUCUCAAAUUGUUACUUUUUUUGAAGAAAAAAAAAAAAAAAUCUAUUUCCUAUGGAUGCAUGGGGACUGACCAAUUAAAAGACAAUGAGGAUUACGAUCGUGGCUGGACAGCCCAGUCGAGCAUUUUGUCACACUAUGAAAUGAUCCAAUGUGAAGAUUUAUUAUUCUUAUUACUAUAAAUAUAUAUAUAAAAAGAGAAAUCACUUUUAUUUGUGGAUAUUACAGGGAAGAAUUGAUUUGGUUAAUAAAGUCCUUAGUCAUGUUUGCACAUAUCUCGUUUUAAUUAGGAAAUGGAGUCUCUGUUGAUCUUUCUCUGUGUCCCAUUCUCUGAUGGUGCAAUAUGAAAAAAAGAUAUGAAAAGUAUAUGAAAACUAUUGCUCUAUACUGUACUGUAAUGAUGAAAAAUAACUAUGUUGUGAGUAUACUUACAGGGCCGGACACUCUCCAGCUAUGUAUUCAGGUGUAGUUUACCACUGCUUGUUUGCCAGGGUGGUAAAUGAUGUUAGCUAGAAUAGGGAGGGUUUAGAGAACUGAUGGUUUGCACUUCACAACACCCCAACUCAAGUGUGUCCAGAUAGAUCCCCCUACUCUCAGUGCACUAGGUAGAGUCUUCAGGGCUCUCACUCUCCUCAGUAGAUUUACUGUUGCUGCAUUGCAGCGAUGCUCCUCUACAGGGAAAAAAAAAAAAAAAACGUGAGACAAUCCAGCAGAAUUCCCCCCUUCAAACCAAACCUAUAAUGUCUAUGGGAAAUAUCUAAAAAAAAAAAAAAAAUGUGGAUAUACGUAAGAAGCUGUUUUUUUGUUCCUGUCUACCCUGGCCCAUUUCUGUUCUUUCUGUUUCUUUGAGUUAGCCUGAAGGGAGAAGAGUUUGAUCCAAAAUGCUGUGAGGUCAUUAUGUCAGUUUUUAUGAUUAGUUUCUAUGAUUGAACUGUCUUCAUUAUGAUUAUACAUCUUAACAACAAAAAAAAAAAAAAUGUCACUUUUUAUUUUUAACAUGAGUGUUCACCAUGGUGGCACUGGAAUAAAGAGAAACUAACACAAAGUUCCAAUUUGAUUAAUAAAAUGGCUGUUCCCCAAAGUGUC